AACUCUUUGAAGAUGGGAUGGACAUAAAUAAGAACAAGCUAACCAUUAAAAAAGCAAUCGAUUAUAUAGCAGAUGCAUGGAGUAAUGUAGCUGAAGAAACAAUAUUUAAUUGCUGGAAGAAAACUGGCAUAUUGCCUAUA